GUUGUGCUUGCUGGCAGCGAACAGGAAGGACAGCAGCAGCGGCGAUGGCGGCGAUGGAGGCGGUGGGCGUGAGCAGCGGCGCGAUCGAGCGCUUCGUGCAGACCUUGCAGCAGCAGUUCCCGGAGACGUACAAGGAGAUGACAACGCAGGAGGCGUGCACGUCGAUCGUGGUGCCUCGAACCAAAGACAGCCAGUGUGCAUACAUUGAUGUGAUGCGCGAAGAGAACAAAGACAAUGUUGGUCGAGCCACUGUGUUUGUGUCGCACGCUUGGCGCUACAAGAUUGUCGACGUGCUCACGACCUUGCUGGAGUUUGCUGCUGAGGAAGGGCAGAGUGGCAGCAGCAAGACUCAACACGUCAACGUCACAGCAAACCUUCCUCAAGACUGGUGGAGCACGACAUUCAAGAAGUCGAUUCGGCAGAUUGGCAAGGUGCUGCUGGUCCUGACGCCCUGGAAUGACCCCGUGCCGCUGACGCGUGCAUGGUGUCUGUGGGAGAUCUUCUGCAGCAUCAGUCAAGCUGACGUGGACUUGCAGAUCCGCCUUCCCUCGCAGCAGCGCCACGCCCUCAGGGACGCCAUCACGGAGACGCACACGGCCGUCACAAACAUGCUUGUCGAGGUGCAGGCAGAGAAGGCAGAGGCGUGGAAGAAGGAGGACAAGGACAUGAUCUUCCGCGCCAUCCAAUCAACCGUCGGCUUCACCGCCCUAAACCGCGCCGUGAAGGACCGCAUGCGCGCCUGGUGUCUCCGCACCGUGGACGCCUUUGUCACAGCCCACCAGCAGCAGCGUGAGGACGCCAACCGUGAUGACACAUGGGCUGCCGCGAAGUUCGCGCAACUGUGCCACCAAACGGGGAUGGUAAUGGUGACGUUUGGAGAACUCGACCGCGGCAUCAUGCACCUGACCAAGGCCCUGGAUGUUGUGUCUGGGCUCAAGGAUCAGCAGCUGCUUGCCUCAACCAUUCACACCAGCUUGGGCAACGCCUACAACAGCAAAGGCGCCUUUGACCGUGCCCUCGAGCACCACAGCAUUGUGCUGCAGCUCCGCCGCGAGCUGCUGCCCGCCCGCGAUCCUCGCAUCGCCGCCGCACACAACAACCUCGCAAACGCGUCUGCAAACAAAGGCAACAACGCGAGCGCCAUCGACCACUUUACGCAGGCCCUCGACAUUCAGCUAGCUGCGGUGGGGGAGCGCGACCCCAACACCGCUGCCAUGUACAACGAUCUGGGCAACGUCUACAACAACUGCCGCGACUACGCCCGCGCCAUUGCCUGCCUCAACAAAGCACUCGGCACCAGGAUUGCCCUCCUUGGUGAACACCACCCGGAGACGGCGGUCACGCUCAACAACAUCGGCAGAUCCUUUGGCGAGAUGGGCGAGCACGGCAAGGCCGCCGGGUACUUCCAGCUCGCCCUCGAGUGCUUCCUCACCGUGUUGGGCCCCAACCACUCACGCACGCAACAAGCCGCUCACAACGCUGCCAUGUCGCGCCAGAUGGCCCUCGCCCACGGCAUGCCCGUCACGCCCGUCACCAUCCCGACUGCAGCACACGCCCCUACCAGCACCGCCAAACGCACCGGCACCAGCAGCCACAACAGCAACACACAGGCUCAGUCACUGCUCGUGCGGUUCCUCGCCGCAGUGUCCCCACCAACGCCACAGCAGCAGCUACUUGUUCGCUUCCUUGCAAAGACCCUUUCGACACGUGCUAGCCAGGACCCUGGCGCAGAUCCGGGGCCCACAUCACGCUUUCACGAAGCAGCCAAACACCAGCAAGAGCACAGCGAUGACUCGCCUGGCGACGAGGAAGAUCAGCAUGUGCCCGUGCGCAAGGGGUGUUGUGGCAUGCAGUGA